GUAUAAUCCCAAACCUUCAGAUGUUGCUAUUUGGUUAGGUAAUAAAGAUAAAAUGGUUUCGUUGAGGUUAGGACUUAUUUUCUUCUGUGCGUUAAUUAUUUCAGUCAUAAAUAUUAGCAUCAGCUCUAGAUGCUCUCCAGCAGAACUAGGACGCCCCUACUCAAUGACUUGUGUAUAUAACUCACCUACUGAAAUCCGACACAUGAAAUGGUUUGCCAACAACAACAGAACCAUCGCUGAAUGUUUUGAUGACAAGUGUGAAACCUAUAUAAAGCCUUAUGAUGCGACUGUCAAGCGGACGUCCGGGAAAUACACCUACGGGUUGAACGUUUAUGACGUAACUGCUGCACUAGUUGGCGUGUCUAUCCAAUGCCAAGUUUAUGACAUCCAUCAUGUUUAUGAUAUACCUGUUAUAAAUGUGUGUUUAAAUUUAGAAGUUUUCGUACGACCAGAAGAUGUGGUGUGUGAGCAACCAAAGACCACCAGCACAGAUCUCGAACUGGUGUGUAGGACUAGUCAAGUGUAUCCCACUGCGGCCUGUCUUCUCUACUCAGGUUCCAGUUUAACGUUUCCAAGCACCAGUAAGUUUCACACCCCUAUUUUAAGUUCGCCCUACAGCGGAACCGUCUCAGCGGAAUGCGGAUGGAUAACUCCAUUAAACUCACUUGGCUUAGGACGUCAUGAGUUAGUGGCCCUGAUCUAUCCCAGUAUAACAGACGGUGAAUUAUAUGGGACGAACAGUACAGCAGUAACAGUAGAUUUAUAUUUGCCUAGUGCCGCCUUGGACAAAUCUUGCCCAACACCCAACCAAACAAUCAGCGUUCAGUCUGUUGUCACGUGCACAUGUAGUGUAUCACGUGAUGGCAACCCGCCAGGCUGGGUCCAGUGGUUCUACAACAACCAACCAGUGGAGACCACAUCAUCAUCGAAUGGCUCAGCAACCGUUAUCAUCUACUACAACAUCGACGACCCAGCUCCAUUGUACGUCUGUCGUGUGGAGUCUCGGCUAGGUUUCGACAACAAUACCGUGGUCUUCAAACCCAACUAUCAAGCUGAAGCAGUCGUCUUGAAUUUCAACGCUCUCAUCUGGAAAGCUGACAACAACAUCUCAAUGUCCUGUGUGGCCUCGGGUAACCCAGCACCAAAGAUUUCCAUUCUACGCAGCGGUAGAGGCUCCGUUGUAGCCAGCACUAGCACGACCCGGGUUCUAAACCACCUGGUGACCGGGGGCACCUGUCUAGAUAUAGAUGAGUACGUGUGUAGGGCUGAGAACAACGGUGGAGUCAGCUCCAAAAAUUUUACUUUAUAUAAAACAUGUUCACCAUUGCUACAACAACACGAUCAAAACAAUCAAAGUUUCCCAACAACAGCUGGCAAUAAUGUACUCAUUGAAGUCAACAUUUUUGGUUAUCCUAAGCCUAGCAGCUACUCGCUAAAGUUCGAGUUGCGCGGCAUUCUGUUUGAAGUGUGGCCACAGAAAUACAACAUAAAUUAUAUCGAGACAACGCCUCUCUACGGGGUUGUCAAAUUGGCCUUGUUUGAUAUCCAAGAGGAGAUGUUCACUCGUUAUGUGCUGACAAUCAGCAACUUAGUGGACAAUGAUCUUCAGUUUUAUUUCACCAUUACUAAGCCUAAUGACAAUAAACUGGGUCUAGGCCUCGGCCUAGGAAUUGGACUUGGUGCAGCUGUUAUCAUGGUCGUUGUUGGGGCUGUUGUCUUGUGGAAGUGUCGAACACAAAGGACCAAGUCAGAUAAUACCAACCAAGCCUUCAACAACAGUGUCACUCAGAACACAGAGGGGCAGAUGUAGAAACAACACAUAACGAAGGUUGGCGCAUAGUGUGGUUAAGGUAGACAACAGCAAGUCUAGAACUGACCAACACCAACCUGAAACUAGUCACAUUCAGGAUCCAUAUAAACAGGACUAACAAACUCCAACAUCAUCAUUUUCAUUAUUAUCAUCAUCAUCUCUCAGCGCUUUUUGAUCCGUGAGGCAUCAACAAAUAUACGUUAACUCACCUGUCUCUAGCUAUAACCUCAGCCUAUUUGUUCGAUAGGACUUUUUCCUGUUACCCAUUCUCCGUUAUCUUCUCAUUUCUUUUGACCGUACGCGUUUUCUCUUGUCUAAUUUUUUCAAGAGCAGCCCCUAAACAAAUGUUGUUAAUGCUUUUGUUUUUAAAUACUUUCAAAGAUUUAAGUAAUUAAUACAAAAUUCCAAAGUUGGAAGUUAAACCACAUAAUAUUUCAAUUACUUUUUGUUUUGAAAGUAAUAUAUAGGAUAAAAAUAUCAUAGCUAAUGUUAGAAAUUUUUAUUCUUGCUAUCUGA